AUGAUGAUUUAGAAUAAAGAUAUUAAAAUAUAAUUUGGUGAUGGAAAUCAAUUUAAAACAGAAUAAUGUGAUGAUGGAAAUAAAGAAAAGAUGGUUGUUCAAGCAAAUGUGAGAUUGUAAUUUGGAAUAACCUAAUAUUGGUUAUUUAAUCACUAAAUUUUCUUUAAUUUAUUUAAAUCAAAUAUAUGA